GUGAUUUGUACGCAAGUUGAGACAAUUAGCAUCAGGACCACACGAUGCAACGCACCUUCCAGACUAAUACCAAUGGCACUAAUGGGGUCGAUCAAGAUGUUCUCGAGCUUGAUGCUGUGAUCAUCGGUGCCGGCUUUGCUGGCGUUUAUCUGCUUCAUCGUCUACGUCAAAACGGCUUCAAGGUGAAGAUCAUCGAAGCAGGCUCCGCCGCUGGAGGCAUUUGGCACUGGAACAAUUAUCCUGGCGCUCGUGUCGACUCUCCAUGGCCAGUAUAUCAGUUGAACAUUCCAGAAGUCUUCGAGAGCUUCGCAUUCAAAGAGAUCUAUCCAUCGUCUUCGGAGCUGCAGCGAUACUUCGAACACGCAGACAAAGUGCUUGAUAUCAGCAAGGACACGAUAUACAACACGCGUGUUCAAAGUGCAACCUGGGACGAGAGCCAGAGACAAUGGAGCCUAACAUGCCACACUGGGCUGAAAGUCAAGGCUCGCUACUUGAACUGUUGCCUAGGCUUCGCAGCAAAGCGCCAUUUCCCCGACUGGCCUGGUAUCGAUGAUUUCAAAGGCUACAUCUGUCACUCUUCCUUUUGGCCUAAGGAAGGUGUCGAUAUGCGUGGCAAGAGAGUGGCAUGCAUCGGUUCGGGAGCUACAGGAAUUCAGAUCGCUCAGGAGUCUGCAAAGACUGCUGAACAUCUGACAGUUUUCAUCCGCACACCCAACACGUGUAUCCCCAUGAAUCAAAAGUUGGUCGAUCCCGAGGAAUCCAAAAACUACCUCGCCGAAAACAGCACUUUACUCCGUAAGGAGAUGACCCGUCGCUAUGGCACCUCGGGCGGAUUUCUCUUUGCAGACCCAGUCAAAAGUCUAUCGGAGACACCCAAGGAAGAACGCGACGCCAUUUUAGAAGAAGCGUGGAGACUAGGCGGCUUUCGCAUCCUCUUCACAUUCACUGAUCUGGCAACGGAUGAAGUUUCGAAUCGAUAUGUUUACGACUUCUGGGCCUCCAAAGUCCGCGCUCGAAUUUCCGAUCCCGUCAAACGAGACCUGCUCGCCCCGCUUGAACCACCACAUGUGUGGGGCGGCAAGAGACCGAGCUUGGAAGUGGACUACUACGAACAACUGGACAAGCCGCAUGUGAACGUUGUGAAUGUGAAGAAGACGCCGAUUGAGAAAUUUGUUCCCGAGGGUAUUGUGACGAAGGAUGGCAAGUUGCAUGAGUUGGAUAUUGUGGCUAUGGCGACUGGAUUUGAUAGUUUGACUGGGAGUUUCAUGCAGAUUGACAUUCGAGGUGAAGAAGGGCGAGAAUUGAAGAAAUACUGGAGCGGAGAUCAGGGUGCGCUAAGUUAUUUGGGGCUGACAGUGAAUGGAUUUCCGAAUAUGUUCUACACUUACGGACCUCAUUCCCCGACAGCUUACGGAAAUGGUCCGAGCAUCGUCGAGCCACAAUGCGAAUGGAUCUUGGAGACCAUGAAGCGGAUGAACAAGAAUGGACAAACGAAGAUUGUUGCUGAUGCUCAAGCCGAACAAGACUGGAAGAAUACAGUCAACACCCUCCAUGCUAUGACGCUUCGUGACAAGGUCGAUUCGUGGUAUAUGGGCGCGAACAUUCCUGGGAAACCGCGACAAGCACUCAAUUAUGCUGGCGGUUUGAAGCUCUAUAAUGACACUAUUGCCGAGAAAUUGGAGAAGAAUUGGGAAGGCUUCCAUGUCUCUUGAGGG